GACAUGGCCGAUAGUGAAUUUGAAGAAUUUCGCCGUGUUUUCGACAAGUUACCGCAGCAUAUUAAAGCACCCACACCGUUUUACUCGUUAGUCCCAAAUGUUGGUCUGGAGGACGAUUCUCCGUCGCCGAAGAGUGAGGUCACUCCGGAUGAAGAGUCUGGGGAAACCGAACCGGGAAAUGCUGGAAAUGAUGAUGUUUCUCCUGGAGCAGCAGAUGCCGCGGAAGCGCAAAGGAGUCCGCUCCACCAAGCGUUCGGGAACGGUGAAAGGCGGAGGAGGAAACUGCCAGAAAUCCCAAAAACCAGAAAACCGACAGUAAUAACAUCAGGCCAGCCCGCAUCCUUGGCUGAUGAAUUAGGAGCACUGACUGGUGUUCUUGGACGACCAGGGUGUCAGGGACGGCCUUUGCUGGUACUGAAAUGUGGAUACCUCCUGGAUGAAGACUCGAGUCCUGACUCUGAAAGGUUACAGAGCCUCGGAGAUGUUGACAGUGGGCACAGUACUGCACAUUCCCCUAUUGAUACCGGUCCGAAGAGUUUAUCACCGACACCUUUGCAGCAAAAUGUAUCACCAUCAUCCAGCUGCAGUAUCAGUGGCAUCAACUUCUCUGGUAACAUGACAACAGUUCCACACAGCCAAUUGGAAAUGUUAGAAGCCACGCACAGAGGUUUACACAAGUUCAAUCCAAGGCACCACGAUGAAAUAGAAGUUGAAAUUGGAGAUCCUAUUUACGUGCAAAAGGAGGCUGAAGAUUUAUGGUGUGAAGGUGUAAACUUACGAACAGGCCAGCAAGGUAUAUUUCCUUCAGCCUAUGCUGUUGACAUGGAUUACAAUGAUUUUGACCCCGCAAAUGCCAAAGUUAAACGAGAAAGAUACUUACUAGGGUACAUGGGCUCUGUGGAAACACUAGCACACAAAGGUACAGGAGUAGUUUGCCAAGCGGUGAAGAAAAUCGUAGGGGAAAGCAGUGGAGAGCCAGGGACACAACCCUGUAUUUUAGAAGUAUCAGAUCAGGGUUUACGGAUGGUUGAUCGGUCGAAGCCUAAUAGAACCCGUAGCAGUCCUUGCAUUGACUACUUUUAUUCACUGAAAAAUGUGUCGUUUUGCGCGUUUCAUCCCCGAGAUCACCGUUAUUUGGGAUUCAUCACUAAACAUCCGACACUGCAGAGAUUUGCUUGCCAUGUAUUUAGAGGACAAGAAUCUACGAGACCAGUCGCUGAAGCUGUAGGGCGAGCAUUCCAGAGGUUCUACCAGAAGUUCAUCGAAACUGCAUAUCCUAUCGAGGACAUUUACAUAGAGUAA